AUGGCCUCGUCAACAAACGAUAUUUCUUCCGUUAAUUAUCGACGUAAAUUCGCCUUAGUCAUUGGCAACGGCAAUUAUUCGAUGUCGAACUGUUUACCCAAUGCAACCAACGAUGCAAAGGAAAUCGUGACGAUUUUGAAACGAAUUGGGUUUCGAAUCUAUGAAAACGAAGCGAAAUUAAAUUUAACCUUUGACCUAAUGCAUCGAAUUCUAUCGGAUUUCGUACGAGGGAUAAAGCAGACUGAUAUUGUUUUGUUCUUUUUCGCUGGCCAUGGAAUUCAAUGGGAGAAUCAAAACUAUCUCAUUCCAGUUGAUGAUUUCAAAGAAGAAAACUCAACGCAAAAAUAUUCACUAUGUGGCUCUGAUCUACGAAGAUACGCUAUCAAUGCACAACAUAUCCUAAAUGAAAUUGAGGAUUGUCAUCCAUUUCUGACCCUAUUUUUCUUAGACUGUUGUCGAAUUUAUCCUUUACCUGAAAAGAAAAACAGCCGUGGGGAUUCAAUCAAUACUUUAUAUGGUUUAAAAUCAAUGCCGGCGAGAGUAGGCUCGCUAAUAGCAUUUGCUUGCGCACCUGGAACAACAGCAGACGAUGGGAGUAAUGGAGAAAAGAAUGGUCUGUUCACAAAAUAUCUUCUGAAGCAUCUUCAGACGCCAAAUGAAGAUAUUGAGAAAGUGCUACGUCGUGUACGAAUUGAUGUGAUGAACGAAUCGAAUAAUCAGCAAAUUCCACAUUCGACUUCACUUUUAACCUACGAACAUAUUUGUUUAUUCGAUGGAAGAAAAGAAAGCACAUUGAGUAGAUGGAGUCCAAACGGAAAAUCGGUGGCGGGAGGAAAUGGACGCGGAAGACAAUUGAAUCAGCUCAAUAAUCCUUGCGGAAUCUUCGUUGAUAAAAAUGAAAAUAUUUUCAUUGCAGAUUGCUCAAACCAUCGAAUUGUCAAAUGGAAUUUAAAUGAAAGUGAAGGAACAGUUGUUGUGGGCGAAAAUGGGAAAGGAGAAAGAAUUGAUCAGUUGUACUGGCCAACAGACAUGAUCGCUGAUGGCCAAAAUAAUUCCUUGAUUAUUGUCGACUGGGGAAACAAUCGAGUGGUUCGCUGGUGGGAUCAAAAUCAACAAGAUAUUCUCUUUAACAACAUUUCAUGUUCCCGUUUAAUAAAGGAUAGAUAUGGAUUUCUUUACGCUUCAGAUUUCUACAAAAAUGAAGUGAGAAGGUGGAUGAUAGGAGAAAAGUGGAGAGGACGAUUAGUAGCCGGUGGACAUGGUCAAGGAAAUCGACUUAAUCAAUUCAACAAUCCGUCUUUUAUCUUUGUUGACAAGGAGCAAUCAAUCUAUGUUUCCGAUUGUGGAAACGAUCGUGUAAUGAAAUGGCGGAGUGACGCACAGAAAGGAGUUAUUGUCGCUGGAGGGAAUGGUGAAGGAGAUCAUUUGAACCAAUUGAAUUAUCCAGAAGGAGUAAUUGUUGAUAAGUUUGGUCAAAUCUAUGUUGCAGACUGUAAUAAUCACCGAAUAAUGCGCUGGCGUGAAGGAGAUGAAGAAGGUGAAAUAAUUGCUGGCGGAAAUGGAAAAGGAGAAGAAAUGAAUCAAUUGGCUUUUCCUAAAGGUUUAGCUGUCGAUCUUCAAGGGAAUCUCUAUGUAGCUGACAGUGGAAAUCAUCGAAUCCAAAGAUAUGAUUUAAUUUAUGAAUAA